CCAACUUUUCCCAUUCCAAGCACGCUUUCCCCCGGUGGAGGUGUGCGCCUUACUUGUGCCCACGCGCAGGUACGCGUGGGUACUUGGGCUAUAUUCCAAUUGCUCCCCAGCCGCUGGAUUCCCUGCCCCUGACCCGAUCUGAUAUCUGGAUAUCACAUCAAGUCAAUUAUCAUUUUUUCUCAUCCUUUAUCCUUCACCUUUUGUCGUUCAUUGUCUAUAUUCCAUUCCACUCCCUUCAUCCAUUUUUGUCGUGGAUCGGUUAUCGGGCAUUGUAGCUGGCGGUCCCUAUCGGUCAUAUCAUCCUCCUGCAGGCUGUUAUUCUCCCUUGAUCUCUGCACUGCCCAUCUGAUUUCAAGACGAUCGUCACUUUCAUUCGGUGGACAAAUCGUCAAGUUGUUUCGCUCUCAAACGGUGUGCGGUGUAUGGCCAUCCUCUCCGCCUUUGACGCUCCCUCAACGUCUGCCUCGACGACAACGACAGCGAAGCGAAGCCCUGAACGACCUGCUGCAGCGCCUCCAGCACUGCCAGUCGACUUCCGCCCGCAGCUCAUCUUCCUCACAGGCCAGCAAGAUCGCACAACGGCGUCCGUCGGUGCCGGCAUCGCGCACCAACGAGCGCGGCUCGCCCACUCGAUCAACGGUGUCUACUCGCCAACCUAUACACUACCUGACGAGAUCAUCGCUACAAUCUUCGAGCUGUCCUGUGCGGACUACAUUGGCGAACCGCCAAACCCGUUUGCGAUUGCGUUGUCCCAUGUGUCGGCGAGGUUCAGGCAUGUGGUGUGCACGACCCCUCUCCUGUGGCACAAGCUCGUCAUACACCUGCCUAUGACACGGCCUGAACAAUGGCUGCAAGGAGGGAAAUGGAGGACGAUUGCUGAUCGCACUGGGUCGUGCUUGCUCGACAUCUCUGUCAGGAUACACGACACGAUGGCUCAAGCGCAGGACAAAGGGUUGCACAUCCCUCCCCCCGAGGCGUACACAUUCGUCGCAGCGCUAUUUGUCCGCUGCAGGAAAUGUACAGUCAUGGGACAUCAUGCUGGCACUUCUCUCCUACCUGCACGAACGAGCGAGUUCAAGUUCCCGGACACGAAGACGCUGACGGAGCUCAGGAUGUUCGACACUGUCACGAAGGUGUCGAGCAUGCUUGCCUUGCUGUCCAGUUGCAAGGCGCUGGAGUACGUCCAACUGUGCGACCUGCGUGUACAGUCCGAGCCCGAGCCUCCUCAACCAUCGCCAGGCGACCCCUCUCCCCCGGUAUCCUCGUCAACGCCCAUCUCCCCUUCUACCUCUACACCCGCCCCACCACCACCAGACAACCUCCCACCAUCACUCACCCUUCCUUGCCUCACGACCCUGCACAUCUCAGUCCAGGAUACAUCAGGCUUCCACGCCCACGGACUAUUCACGCACCUCCUCCUUCCCGCCCUCACGAACCUGCAUCUCCGUUCUGGGCAGAACUCGUUCCUGAUCGCUACGCACCCGUCAUCUCCUCAGUCCUUCGCCCGCGUGCGGACGCUCUCCCUCUCCGCCGCUCGCGCAACCCUCGCCUCCAUACUCCGGUUUACGUGCUGUAUGCCACAGCUCGUACACCUCUCUCUGAGCAGUAUGGUACUCCAUGCCUCGACCCCCGCCUCCCUUGAUCACGAGCUGAUGACAUCGCUCCUUCCGUCCGUCCCUCCCCUGCGCAAACUGUCUCUGCACCUCGUCCUCCCCUGCGAGCCUCUCCUUCAUUUCUUAGUGGGAGCAUGUGCACCUCCAGCAGCCGCAGCGCCGGUGAGCUAUAACGCCGCCCGCCGGCGGCGCGCGCGGACGCUGGAAAAGCUCGAGUUGGAGGAAUGCUGGCUUGCGAGUGGGGUGCGCACUUGGGUGAAGGAGAGGCUGGGGGAAGAGGCCGUGUAUGUGAGGAAGAGGAAGGUGCAGGAGUGGGUGCCCGGUGCGGGGUCGUAGCACGCGGUGGGGCAUCUGGAGCUGAUGCGGUGCCGGGGCUGGUGGCUGAUGUACAGGAGGGUGCGUCCUGGCAAGGACGGGCAUUGAGCCGCUGUCCGUGAGGGAUAUGCCGCAGGCAUCAAGGCAGUCACCACCUUGAAUUGCCGAUUAUCCCGCGCAGGACAGUCGGUGCCAGGAGCCUAGAGCUUUGUCCAAGUUCCAAAAAAAUCUCCCCCCAGCUCAUGCCCGAGGAAGUCGAACACCCAGCAGCACAUCCUGUGCCUGUCGUCUUCCCGCUCAACCUAACCGAACCCGACACAUCACCAUUUCCCAUCAACCUAUCCGGAACCCACAUCAAACAAAAACAAAAACAAACAAUACUGCGCCCGGCCGGGCUAGCGCAGGUGAUACCCUGGCCCCUUGGCGGAGUGCCAGGGGCGGAGGAGUUAUUUAUUAUUUGUUCAUAGCCCACCCAUGAGCGGGUUCGGCGAGGGCGUGCAGGUGCCCAUCCCUAUUCUACAUGUUCAAGUCCUUUACUCUCCGGCUCAUGAGGCAACCAAGGAAGACACGCAAGAAGGCAUUCUGGAAGGAGCACGAACCCACCCAACGACCCCCUCUCCGCCGUGCGAUCCACAAAAUCAAUUACCAAUAACUCCCUCUCUCUGUACCCGACCGGGUGCAGACAUCUGUGCCCCUCCUAGCGCGUGGAUUUCCUGUUCUUCAUGUGUGUCGCUUGUAGUCUUUUAUCGCUCUGGAGUUCACCCGUUUUGUGCAUAUUCACUGGAUUCCUUUUCUUGUUGAUAUUUCUGACGAGUCGAUUGUAAAUUUUUGUUUGUUUUAUUUUAUUUUUUUGGUUUCCCCUACCCUGCUCUCGGCGACAUCCUCAAUCAUGUACGCAUACAAUCAUGUCCGAACGCUCUGGGACAGGAGCGGGGCAAGGAGGGAGGUGGGAGGUGGGGAACGAAGUAUAUAGUUUUACUAAAA